UCAAGUAGUUGAAGUAGCCCUUUCCCUUACCAAAUAACCCCAUAUUUCUUUAUUAUACAGAUUCCACCCCCAUAAAUAAAUGUCGCUCUUGAAAUCAAUGAGAAGAAGAAGAAGAUGAAGAAGGUUAUGGUGGUCAUUGAUGAGUGCAACUCUAGUUACGAUUUGCUCAUUUGGGUCCUCGAAAAUCUUAAAGAUUCCAUCGAAAGCUCCAAACUUUUGAUCUUUGCAGCACAGCCCCUCCUUGCCUCCUUCACCCCUCCGAGUGCAUUCUCCUCCUCCGUUGGCUGUGCUCAGAUGUUCUUUCCCUUCUCAGCCAAUGCAGAGCUAACAUGGUUGGCUCGGGAAAAGACCAAGGUUAUCUCAAUGGGGCUGCUGGAGAGAGCCAAAAAGAUAUGCGCAGAUCAUGGGAUCAAAGCAGAGACAUUUACAGAAGCCGGAGACCCAAAAGAUAUCAUCUGCAGGGUAGUUCAGGAGCACAUGAUCGAUACACUCAUUAUCAGUGACCAGCAAAACCGAAAUCUUACAAGGUCUUUCAUGGGAGGUUUAAGUGGAUACUGCUCGCGCAAUGCAGAGUGCACUGUUCUUGUUGUGAAGAGAGAGACUUAACACGUAUUAAAGGAGCUACAUCUAUUAUAGUGCAUUAAAUUAUCUAAAUGCCCUAUGUUAGAAGACUUCAUACAAUUGAAGAAAAAAAGGGCCUAAGAAUGUUUAAGUGAUGCAUUUUGGUACCUCAUUCCAAUACAAUGGCGACCUCCGAGGAUGAACCUCCACAGUUGCAUCGCAU